AUGGGUAGAAUAUCGGAAUUUUUCGGCAAUCCUGGUGUUAGACCAGAUCUUCAUCAUCGUGCUCCAAUACAUGGAGCUUCUUCCACUAUUAAAUGUGAAGAUCCGUCAGAUCUUUUAAGAGAAGAAGACGAAGAGGAGAAAGAUUUAAAGGAACAACUUUAUCAGGUCAAUUCACUUAGCGAUGUCAGCACUACAGCAGAACUGACGAUGGUUAAUCUUGAAGCAGACGGGACUGUCUUCACCGAUCGUGGGUUCACUGGAUUGGAUAGAGGGUGGACAGAUAAGAUUUUAGAUAAGUUUGUGUCUUGGGCUGGUACCCAAUUCGUGUUUCUUAUCAUGUGGGCAAUAUUAAUUAUCUGGAUUAUUGUUGGUGCCGUUUAUGGUGGACCAGACGUUUGGCAAGUUGUUAUGCAGGACGGGCAGUCUAUUCAAAGUUACAUUUGGGACACUCUCUUAAUGAGACAACAAUUGAAUAGUUCUCAUGACCAAGUCCUUGUUUGUUGCCAAUUGAGAUCUCGUAUUAGUACAUUCAAACGUUUCAUGGGACGGAGAAUUGCCCAACUCAAGUCACACGAAAGUGGUAAUAAUGAAAUAGAUGAGACGAAACAAUUUGAUCAUACUAAUGUCAUAAAUAAAAUUGACCUAGAUACCAACGUCAUCAAAGGGAACCUUCCCGUAGAGAAUUGGUACGAUAAACUAAGUUCUACUGCUUCAAAUUUAACUGGUUCAGUUCCAACUAUGGUAAUCUUCUGGUUAGGCGUAAUUGUCUGGAUUAUUUGUGGUGUUAUACCUAAGAAUGCUGGUAAUUCACCACCAUAUACGGGAAGAACUUCAGGUAGCAAUCCUGAGUUAGCAAGAUUCAGCGAUACUUGGCAAAUGUACAUCAAUACCGCAGUAGCUGUUUCAUUGUUGAUCUGUACGUCGUUUUUACAAAAUAUUAGGGCAAGACAUGACAAAUAUAUCUCAAAGUUUUUGUUAGCCACAUUUGAAAUCGAUGAGAAAAUUGAAACUAAGCUUAGAGAACAUUUUCAUGAUUUUGAAACUUCAAAUCCAGUGGUUACCAUUUAUUCCAACAAGAGAAGCUGGGGAGAAAAAAUAAUUGAUUGGUACGCUGAUAUUAUUGGUACUGGUGUCGGUGUGGUCAUUGCUAUCGCAGCCUUUGUUGUUUGGCUAUGUAUUGGUAGUACAUUGCAUUGGGAUGAUAACUGGUGGUUAAUUAUUGGUACUUACACAGGUUUAGUUGGUUUCUUAGAUGGAUUUGUGAUUAGACAAGUUUAUUUCAGAAUUAUUGCACAUGAAGAAUAUAACUAUAAGCUAGUCGCUGAGAAAGAUAUGGAAUUGUUUGAAAUUUUGGGACUAACUUGCCCAGAAGAAUUCAAUGGAGAACCAGCAAAACCAUUAAAGUUAUCCCUAAGUUAUAAGUUAUCAUCAUGGGUCAAUCACCUCUGUUCCACUCAAUGGAGUGUUCUUGCCUCUAUUAUUAUAAUUUUAGGGUUAAUUAUUGCUGCAUCUGCUUUACUAUGGAGUACUACUGCACAACUAUUUGUCAAUUCGCCAACAAUGAUCAUUGAAGAAUUUUUCUUGAUUGUUCUACUUCAAGCUCAUAAUUGGGCCGAUCAGCAGAGAAGAGUUGAAGUUUCAGCUUUAUUGGUUCGUAGACAUAUUUUGCUUUCUUAUGUCAACGAAUUGUUUGAUUAA